GUGCAAGACUCUACUUCCGUUCUACUUCCGCUCUCUUGAGUGUGCGAUCCACUCCUUCCGGCAAGAUGGCGCUGUUUUACACUCGGUGUCUUCAGGAGCUGCCAAAGCUUACUAUAUCGGACGUCCACAGGCUCGUCCGUAAUGGAUGCUCUGCCCCCCGGAGUAAACGGGAAAAGGGGUACAAGAUGUAUCUGUCAAGUUUCAUUGACAACUAUGAAGAUUACUUUUGAGGGCAGCUCACCCAUUAAAAUUGCUGUGGCUGAGUGUUCCUGUGUUGCUGGAAACGCUCUCUGCAACCACAAUGUUGCACUACUAUACCAGACCACAGCGUACUCUACACUUCAGCUGAAAGCAGUACCACCUGUCCUGAGCUGCACAGAAACUGAGCAGCGAUGGCAUAAACCACGAACACUGGGUGUGAAACCAGGCAGAGUGGGUAACAUGGUCUUCAUCUCAACAAAACCCAAGGCAAGACAGUACACAGCUGCUGAUGGUGUAAGGAGCAAGCGCUACAAAGCAGUGCGGGGGGACUUGCCAGACCCAGAUGUCCUGAAGGUCGAUGAGGCAUACCAGGACUUCACGGCAGACCUUGCUCCGCUAAUUACCACACUAUCCAUAAGUAGUGAUGUCCCCCUCGUCGACUCAGCCUUUGGGACCGUUCAAGAAGGCAGCCCUAUUUCAUACCAGCACCCAGUGCCAGUGAGUAGGGUAAUCAUCCAACACCCAGACGCACACCCUCCACCACCCCUGACUUCGAAGUCAUUGAUCCAGCCUAACUAAUUACAUUGAUCAAGUUAACGGACAUACUGUGCCUUCACCUAAUGUUGCCCAUACACUCACCAAAAACUUGUAACCUAAUUUCCCCAUGUCUUCCUGCUGAGUCACUCGGCAGCAUUGUCAACGAGUAAACACCUGCAUCAUUUAGGGUCAGGUUCUUCAGCUCCAGGGAACCGGUGCUGGUAUUCAGGAAGAGUCGGCCAUCAUAUGCAGAUGCGGUAGUGUUGGUGCCGUCUCUGAUAUAGGUGAGGAUAUUUUCCAGCUGAAGACUCCAGAGAAUGGCGAUGUACGGUUUGGCGGGAGGACUGAGAGUGGUUCUAAGCCACAUGUUCCCUCCAACAGAACCAUUGGCUGGGCCGGAUUGUAGAACAUUCUGACAAGUACUAAGCCCUGAAAAUACAAUUUUACAGUACUGUAAUCCCCCAUGUACAUCCAAACAGGUUCUGAUUUGUGCAAAAAUCUUGAAACAAAAAAACAUGGCACUUGUUUGAAGAAAAUCAUGUAGAUUUGCCCUUUAAAAUAAAGACAUUCAACUGUUUUUACAGACAAAUGCCUUGGGGUCUUGCUCAAGAUUUGUGCUGAAUUCUUCAUGCCCCUCCACAAAAGAACUGUCUUGGCUUCUAUAUCUCUGUUGUUGUCUUUUUCUUUUGCAGUAUUACAGUAUGCAGUAGUCAAUGACAUUAACAGUGUACAGUUUGUGAACAAAGUUAACAAAAGCUGCCACUCCCUUUCUUAUUCCGGGUCUUGACGCACAUUAAUCAUUCAGUGUGUGCUUUUUGUAAAAGUGGGCUAAGAAUACCACAAGUAGAAAAUGUAAUGCUAUUGUUGCUGUUUUAACUGAUUAAAGAACUAAAUUACAAUAUCUAGCUGAGUAACUACGACCAUAACUUUAUAACUAAAUGACUAUAACCAUAAUGUAUAGUUUUAUGAAAUGUUUAUAAACUUAAUACCUUGUAGACAGAAAUGAUAGAAUCCUGGUUUAUGGAAGUGAACAGUCAGCGGGGACUGAAUGGGUGUUAUUUUCAUCUGUCAUUAUAUAUAGGCAGCAGCGGAACAAGUGGGAAUUGGGUGAAUUCCCAGUCAGCUGGUAACGUUUUGAGGUCAAACUGAUUACCUUAAGUGAAGACCUUACAAAUGCCUUGAUAUUGCUGUUUGUAUUUAGGUAUUCGGGGACUGAAUGAGAGUAUACUGUAGUUUUAAUCUUUCAGUCAGUGUUGUAUAUAGGCCCAUCGAAAGCAGCUGGCAAAUCACUAAUGCUGACUUAUUUCUUUAACAGAAAACCACUCUCUUUAAAUUUGAAAACAUUUAGUAUACUCAAGCCAGGUCAAGAUGUGAAAUCAUGGAUAAGUGCUGUAUAUGUUAAUAAAAAAUCCAAUGAAAUGUUA